ACACACACACAUACGCGUGUCCGCAUACAGGGCACACGCGCGCGCAACGUACACACGAGGGCGGUCGCGCGCGCGCGCACGCAGCACGCGCGCGUCGUACGCACCGCUCGCGCGCGCGACGCGUCGCAUCGCGCAGCGGAAGGAGCGGCGAAGGAGCUUUCGGCACGAGAGAGUCGCACGGAGUCGCAACGGCGAGGGCCGAGCUUGCGAGCGUAUCGUAGUGCGCGUAAGCUUGCGGAGCAGAGUCGAAGCGGACGGGCGAGGAGGAAGAUUGAGCUCCUAACGGCGGAGCUUGCGGAGACGCGCUAGCUCCUCGGACAUCUCCGUCGUGGAAGCUCUCAGGAGCUGGAGCUGGGGCUCUCUCGGGCUCAGUCUACAAUCGGUGACACGUCGGCACGACGUGAGGAGCGAGCGUGCGUGAAGCUUGACAGGCUGGAUGCGUCGCGGCGGCAACACGCGCGGUGCUUGCGCAAGCUGCUGUCGCAUGUGUCGGUGAGGCAACUUCGUGCUUACGCUCCGACGGGCGCCGGGAAGAGAGUCACGAGGAAAGGAGCUGAUAAGAGGAGCCCGGGACCAUACGGGGACAGAAGACGGACACGGCGAAGCCGGGUGAGCUUGCGCGAUCAAGACGAGCUCGCGUGUGCUGUCUGGGUGGCCGACGCACGAGUGAAUAGAAUAGCUCGCAUCGCGGCAUUGCGCUUUGAACGAAUGAUACAUACCUUUUUUUGUUGUUCCGACGCGGAACACGGCGGAGCUUUGAAAAAGCACGCCGGAAAGCUGCGAACGCUCUUCUUUCGUUGAUACUGUUCGGUGUUUACUCGUAAGCGUUUUUUCUGCCCUUCCAUUCGCUGUAAACAGCUACGUCCAUUCGUGUCCACGCGAGUUCGAACUACGCGGGAAAGCGAGAGCGAGAUAUGAGCGGAUAAUACUCGCAAGCUUCGUAGCAAUAGACGAAACAUUCUCGUCGUCAGCCAGCUGGCAUUCACGUACGAGCGACGCUCUGAGGGAAGCUCGCGUGUCUCGAUACAUAGUGUCUUAAAUAACAUCUCGCGGAAAGCUCAACGCGCGCGCGAGAGGCGAAUUUCGGGCAGCAGGUGUCGUACUGUCAAACAUCACGAUCAAUGACACAAAAGGCCACACGCGAAUGCGUGGACGGGCCUCUCGCAAUUCUAAACUCAUUGUCUCGAGUUUCGCGUGAUCGUUUUCCUUUGAGCCUUUGAAACAAGGUGUUGCCGUCGAGAGAGAACGGACGUUUCGCCACAUGUUACACGAGCUCGUGAAGCUCAUCCCGUCUCGGUAAGAGCGUGUGUGGGCAAGCCAUGUCGUCAGUAGCCGCCUCUUCGAGGAGUGCACUGCUCGUAUCCACAUAGGGACCCGAAGCAAUAUCCCGCAAGCUCGAGGAUGUAGUGUCCUGGUAGACGCAUGCUGGCGGGGACUAAAGCUCAGGUUCUCGCGGCGAAAUUGCACGGCGGCCAAACGAGUCGAAACAGGUGGAAGAUCUUCGGCACGAUACCCUGAAGAGCACCGCGAAGAGCUACCGCGGGGCGGCUAUCGAUGAUGGUGGAAGGCACGUUGCCAAAACGAGAUUGGUUGGCCCGGCGCGUGUCUCCGCUCGGUUCGAGCUUCAUUGCGUGCCGGUCGUCACUUCGUUAAGCUCGACAUUUCUUCGUGAUUGCCAUAGAGAGGUAGGCGUAGAUAGAGAGAAAUAGAGAGAGAGAGAGAGAGAGAGAGAGAGAAGAAGAGAGAAAUUAUCGAGUAAUGACAGGCGUGAAAUGACGAACCCCAGAACCGUGACUGAUCUUAAGUUGUCGGCACUGAUGUCGUCGUCCUCAUCGUCGUCGUUGUCGUGGCGACGUUGGAGAGGCAAGCAUUGCUUGGUCAGUUAAUACUUUUCUUUCACGCUGUGACCCGCGACCUCGCGACGACGAAUGCGGCGAGGUGCGACGGGUCCUGGUAACAAAGACUGUUUCAACACCUGAAUCUUUAAGAACAGAAGCGACGACAAGAGGCUCCGAGGGAAACCGUAUUUGUUUCCGGGAGGGGAAGCUUCGUCGGAGAGAUUGAGUGCUACGCAAGCAGCAGUAGCAGCCGUGGCGAAUAGGUAAAUAAAUAGAUUCGUAGAUAAAUAAGCGAGCAAAUUAGAUGGAAGUAGCGCGAGAGAAACGUGUGUAGAGCAAGUAGACCCGAAUGUGAAAGCUGAGGUCGGAGAUAGAGAAGUCGUUAGAAGCUGAAGAGAAAUCGAAUUAAAAAUAGAGAUUAGCAACGCGAUCAUUUUUUAAGAGCGAUCUAGUCUAAUAGUUGCGCUACUGAUCGGACUUGAAGAAGCAUGAACCAAACGAGGGUCGGUUUGAGCUGACCUAAGAAUAACUGAGACAAGAAGCGGCUUGUCCAAACGAGAUCCAGAAAGUGGAUCAUUCGUCAAAGAAAAAAGAGAGAGAGAGAGAGAGAAGGGGAAAGAAGUCUUCAAGUUCAAAGGUCUUAUUGGAUCUGAUUGUAGAAGAUAUCUUUGGAAAGCUGCCAGUCAAGAGUACAAGAAUCGCUUCUGGUUUGUUGGGGAAAAAGAUAUUUAGAUAUCGGCAAACAAGAUAUCAACCAACACUCGAGCGGCACGAAGCGCCGUGGACUUCAAAAGACUCCGUAAAUAUGUCGGGAUCAUCGUGAACCCGAGGAUAUACUUCGCACAGUCCAGGAGACCUCGUUUCUCGCCGCAGCGGGACCGAUUGUCGUGGACGAUCGGCGCGCGCGCGAGUCGGAUUGUCGAUGUUGGACUCAUCGUAGAGUCGUCACUCUGAGAGAAGAAAGAGAGAGAGAGAAGAAGAGAUAGGCCGGCACUAGACGUGUCGAUAGUGAGCUCGGCGAGGCGGAAGUAGAGCGUGCCGCCAACGACGUUUUCGGGCUCGGUCGACGCUCUGGCUCUCCUGCACUCCCUGAAGGAAGAUUCCACCUUCAAGCAUGGCCUCGGUGGCAGCGUGGCUGCCGUUCGCCCGCGCGGCGGCGAUCGGCUGGGUGCCGAUCGCCGCACACCCACUGCCACCGCCGCCGAUCCCGAAGGACCGGCGCAAGGCCGACGACGAGAAGUUGCUGAUCAACGUGAGCGGCCGUCGGUUCGAAACAUGGCGCAAUACCCUGGAAAAGUACCCGGACACGUUGCUCGGCUCCAACGAGCGCGAAUUCUUCUACGACGAGGAGAGCAAGGAGUACUUCUUUGACCGGGACCCGGACAUCUUCCGGCACAUUCUCAAUUACUAUAGGACCGGCAAGCUGCAUUAUCCGAAGCACGAGUGCCUGACGAGCUACGACGAGGAACUGGCGUUCUUCGGUAUCUUGCCGGACGUGAUCGGCGACUGCUGCUACGAGGACUACCGGGAUCGCAAGCGUGAGAACGCCGAGCGGCUGAUGGAUGACAAACUGAGCGAGAACGGCGACCAGACCCUCCAGCAGCUGCUCGACAUACGGCAAAAGAUGUGGCGGGCUUUCCAGAAUCCGCACAUCUCCACUGCCGCGUUGGUAUUCUACUACGUAACUGGCUUCUUCAUCGCCGUGAGCGUGCUGGCGAACGUGGUGGAGACUGUGCCGUGCGGUAACCGUCCGGGACGCGCCGGCACCCUCUCGUGCGGCGAGCGCUACAAGAUCGUGUUCUUCUGCCUCGACACUGCGUGCGUGAUGAUAUUCACCGCCGAGUACCUGCUGAGGCUGUUCGCCGCGCCUAGCCGGUGCAAGUUCGCGCGCUCCGUGAUGUCGAUUAUCGACGUGGUCGCGAUACUGCCGUACUACAUCGGGCUUGGGAUCACCGACAACGACGACGUGUCGGGUGCGUUCGUGACGCUGCGCGUGUUCCGCGUGUUCCGCAUCUUCAAGUUCUCGCGGCACUCGCAGGGACUGCGGAUCCUGGGCUACACCCUCAAGUCCUGCGCCUCCGAGCUGGGUUUCCUCGUGUUCUCGCUCGCGAUGGCCAUCAUCAUCUUCGCCACCGUCAUGUUCUACGCGGAGAAGAACGUCGACGGCACCAACUUCACCUCGAUACCUGCCGCCUUCUGGUACACCAUCGUCACGAUGACUACGCUGGGCUACGGUGACAUGGUUCCGAAAACGAUCGCGGGAAAAAUCGUGGGGGGUGUAUGCUCCUUGAGCGGUGUCCUAGUGAUCGCUUUACCGGUACCUGUUAUCGUCAGUAAUUUCAGCAGAAUAUAUCAUCAAAACCAACGUGCCGACAAGCGGAAGGCGCAGAGGAAAGCCAGAUUGGCGCGUAUCAGGAUCGCGAAGGCGUCGAGCGGCGCCGCCUUCGUGAGCAAAAAGAAGGCAGCGGAGGCGCGUUUGGCCGCUCAGCAGAGCGGACUGCAGCUGGAGGACUACAAGGAGGAGGAUAUCUUCGAGCUGCAGCAUCAUCACCUACUUCGCUGCUUGGAGAAAACUACGGAUCGCGAAUUCGUGGAGAUGGAAGUGCCGUACAACGGCGCCCCAAAGAGGCCGGGCUCGCCGUCACCCCUGACCUCCCCCGCGCACAGCACUGCCUCCAGGGGCGGCCUGCUGCACUCCUGCUGCGGGCGCUGCUACCCCCAACGUUACCAGGUAUGCGGCUGCCGUGCCUCAUGAAGGCGUACGAAAGGUAAUAGCUCGCGUCGCGGGAGGCUCGCGCAUUAAUAUUUAUCGCUUCCCGCUUCCGUUUCGCGCGCGUUGUCUCUCGCAAAAGUCAUCACGGCUCUCUCGCGCCAACGUCGCGGCGAUGACGUCGCGUCGGAUUAACCGGCGCAUUAUGCACGCUAUAAUGUAACACGAGUUGCUUUUAUGAAUAAUGCAUAGCCGAAGGAACAGCGGGAGCCUGUAGUGGAGCACCCACUUCAGAUCAGCCAGGCAAGACAAAAUUGAAUCUUAAGUAUACGUUCUAAAAAGCUCCGUCGAUCCACUACUCGUCGUCGACCCAGUAACGAGCACACCGCCUCUUUUUUGAUCUCCGUAGUCCUCGGCAGACUCUAUUACUAUUAAUUGUUAACCAUUAUAUACGAAAGGUUACGCUCGAUCGAGUGCUUUCUCGACUCGGUGCGGCGCGUUUCGAUCACAAAACAGCGAUCUGAUGAUCCGCGGAUUUACGAGUCGCGAUGUGGCAUUCACGGAACGACGACCGAUUGCUUUCCGCGAGAAUACGAAUAACCGUACGAGGAGAUGCGAACGGAAUCGGGAUAUUCCAAAUUGAAUUGCUCAUUAUCCGCGCAGUCUCGCUUCGACAUUAUUUUCCUAACAUAUUUAUGCGAGCAUUCGUUGUCCCGUCGUGUCAACAAAUGAUUUUGCAGUCACGGCUCGUACACACACACACACACACGCGUAUCGAGAGAUCAAUUAAUUUAAGUGCCAUCCAAUUAUAACGAUGCUCCGUUGAAAUUGUCGUUGGAAUGACGGAGAACGCUGUUAAAUCCGCUCAGUCGGAAAUACUCGCUCGAGCGUACCGAAUUUCUUCCCCCCAGCUACGUACCAAUUACGUGUUCACCUAAUUUAUGUGCGACAUAUGUAAAGCGCGUAAUGUACAUUUGCGCCGUGGAUUCGCUCACUUUGUCACGCCAGACCGUGCAUACUCUUGCGCCCCCUGUAUAUACUGUUAUAUUGUAUAUCGAGUAUCUUCCUGGUCGUGUAAUUGCAUGUCCAGUUGCAGAAUUAUUAUUACUUGCCAUCAACGUUCAACAGCCGUGUUUACAUUCUCGAGCCGUUACUACUACAUUUCUGUUCUCCCUCUUCACCAUUUUUACCUCAAAUAUACUCCAGCUGCACGGAGAAAAUAUGUCACCACAGGGAAAUUCCAACAAAAUUCUUCUAAUCUCAGACCAUACAGAAUUAUGACCGACGUUAUAUUUGUUUAAAAAUAUCACGCGCGUUUGAGUUUUUACUAAAAAACUAUUGGGUAAAAAUCGACAAGGGAGGAUCCAGUGACCUUAACUUUGACAUAUGUUGUCAAUGUCAUUCUCUUGAAUAACCUCCAAAAGUCAGUCAGUUACUUCAGUUGUCGAUCAUUGUGAAAGUUGCUAACAAAGUAGGUUUCAUAUAUUAGAAUAUACUUUGCCGACAUUGCGUAUACGUUACGAACUUCUAUGCGUAUGCAUAUGUGACAGUAUCCAUAUAAUAUUUACACACAUAUACCUAUGUAACAGUACACGUGAAUGUUCCUCUCCACCCUCUACCUGUCAAAUUAAAUUAACCUAAUCUUUGUACAUGUUAGGUUAGGUAUAAACAUGUAUAGGCUGAGCUUGGUUUGAUUAGUUACUUUACUUCAGGAUGGGAGUGAGCAUGUGGGCGUACUACCAUACAGUUAUAUGUAUCUUAAUGCAUAUGGCGCUACUCAUGUGUCAUGUGUGUAUAUAGAUUUAUAAUGUAUACAGUAUCGAAAAAAUACGUUCUAUUUGCGCAACUUAUUUUGUUAAUUCCCUGAUAAACAAUGAGCGACGGUCGAAAUCUUUCGAGGGUCACUCAGGAGAACGACCUUGACAGCUUAUGUCAGGUCGAGGUCAUUGGUGCUUCUUGAUUUCCAUCAACUUCUUUCAUUAACUAAAUUUUGACAAACAAUGGGCGACGGCUGAAACCUUUUGAAGAUUACUCAGGAAAGAGUGGUAAUACAUGUCAAAGUCGUUAGGUCUUCUUUCGUCGAUUUUUACCAUUUAUACUUCAGUAUAAAGUCCAGCUUUUUUCAAGAGACACUGUAGGAAGAAGAAAUGCAAUUUUGCCCCGUAACUUUUACUACGGUAUUCUCUUCGUGCACUCGAGGAUAUUUUAAGCGCAUAACGGGCGUGACGGGCCGAUUAUACAGGUCGUCGCGCUGUCGCAGCGAUAGGAUCGUGAUAGGAUCUGCGUCGCGAACGCGAAGCGCGCGAUUUGCCGCCUGAUUCCCGCUCAUGUACGAUGCAAUGAGCGUUUUUACGCUUGGUUUUAGGAUUCCCGAAACUCACGAUUACGCUCGAAAACUCGCGCGUGAUCGCUCGCUAUCGCGUUUUGAUCUCUCGCGCGUGUGCCGCAGUGUCAGGAAUCUCGAGUUUCGCCGUACUUUCGUCAUCUACACCUUCGCCCACGGCCUCUAUUAUUUAACGAACGUCGUUCUGUCACGCCUAUAGACUCCCUCGACUUGCCACGUGCAAGGAUCGACCGCUCUCCCGCCACACACACUCGCACGUUUCGCGUGACGUCCUGUAUAAUCGGCUGUGCAUAACUGUACACGUGCAUACAUAGCCGUAUCAUAGCCGUGUCACAGCUCCUUUCCGCGGUCUUCUUCCGUCGCGGUGAGCAAGAUUAAUUACGUAUUACUCGUUAUCCUCGUCGAGCGCCGCGUCGAUUACAGCCGGCCGGUUGAUUAAUCGACCUGACAACCGAGCGCUUCCCGCUUCGUUAAUAACUUUCGCGGAUUCUUCACGUUGCCUGGAGCUACGAUUUUCGCCUGACCAUCCGUCGGCUUUCGCAUUGAUUAAUUGGCGUCCAACAGGUACGACGACGACGGCCGAUCGACUGUCGCGCCGUAUAUUCCCCCCGCUUGCAGCGUGCUCUCUCGAUCGAUCGUCGCGGAAAAAGAGCCGGACGCGAAUUUUCAACGCGCUCGAUCGUCAUCGUCGCGGAAACGGCAACGCCGGAAUUCGCGAGAACACGAACGGCCUAUGUUGUUUUUGUCCUUUUUUUACAUGGUCGGCAGCAGUAGAAUUUGAAUAACACACGCCGCACAACCGUGUUGCAUCUCUUUUUACAGUCAUUUUUUGAGCCAGCUUUUCAUACACAGCGCGAUGAUUUGGUUCCCGUCGUGUAAACUCUCGUGGUUUGCGCUCACCCGGAAUAUUCACGUACAGUGAUUGAGUUGCAACGGUACACAUAUGCCACGCACACUCCAUUCGAACACAAAAGAAAGGAACGUAUAUUUUUUCAUGUGAAACGCGAAGUGCUUUGAGAAUGGUUGCAACUUGGGCUGUGCGAAUUGGUAUCCGGUUUCUGGAAUCGGUAUAAGUAAUCGGAAUAACCGACCUUGAAAUUGAUGCGUGAAUCUGUUGAAAAAUUUAUUUGGAUCGCGUGAAAUAAUACUUGAUUCAUUUGUGUAGUUAUACCUUAUAUUAUAUGACUAUCAUAUAUAUAACUAUAACAUAAGAAAAUAUAUACAUACGUGGUCUUACACCAACUUAAAUAUCAUAAUGGUUAAAUAUCAUAGGUAGUAGGAGUGAAACUGAGACGAAAACUCCUUUGCUAUUUUUGAACACAAAGAAUAGUUAAUGAGUUAUUAAUUAAAGAAGAUUAGCGAAUGAUCGCGCGUGAUACUGCGAGUGGCGUGCUGUAGAGGCGGGGCCUGGCCCGCGCUAAUCAGCGCUCCACGCGCGCCACUCCCAACCUAUCACCGCUCGACGCUCGCCUAGCGCAACGUUACUCGAACACACAGUAGUAUCUCACGCGAUCAUUCGUUAAUCUUCUUUAAUUAAUAACUACCAAUUUCACAUGGUUUGUUCGCAAAAUGGUAGAGGAAUUUCUUGUUCAGUUUUAUCUGAUCUACACGUACACGAAGUGAACGCAUGUUAUCGUCAGGCUCUCUGUAUAAUUGUAACAAAUGAGUACCUUUGGCGUGACCCAAAUGGCUAUUUGGACCGAUUCAUCGAUUUCACAGUCGAUUAUUUCGGAUGUAACGAUUACUUGUACAGUAGGUCAGUUUAGACACAAUGAACUUCAGAGUGUAGCUAAUGGUCCAAUAAGAGAACGAAUUAUUGAAAAAUCAGUACUCUCAUCGAACCAUCGAACCAACGCUCCGAAGUUUAUUGUGUUUAAACCGCUUUGCGACCCACUGGACCGAUUUCAAAACCGAGUGCCAUUUCGCGCAGUUCCUAGCUGUAACGCACCGUGAUCGUGCCUCUCGAAAGCGAUCGACUUGUUGAGACUGACUCGAAUAUUUCGUUUGGACGGAGCGCACGGCACAGUUCACGUGUACAUAUGUUUCUAACAUAAUGUGUUUGUAUAUUCUGUGUAUCAUGAACAUGUCGACAUGUUGUGAAACGUCCCUGUAGAAAGUGUCCCCUCCUGUGCAAGGUAAGAAUCAAUAAUGUACAGAUCGUCUCUCUUUAAUCCCCGACUUCGUUCUGUCUGAUAAUGAACGUCUUAUAUUCUCGUCAGUGGCAGCGCACACAGGGUAUACUUAUAUUGUAUUGCUCAUAACAACACGCACACACUUAUCACCAGAGCACCUUGUAUAAAUGUAUAUAUUGAUCUAUGUGUACGUUGAUUAUUAUUGAUCGAUCUCUCUCUCUCUCUCUCUCUCUCUCUCUCUCUCUCUCUCUCUCAGAUUUUCACAGACAAUGCUCGAAUAUGAGAGAGCAGUUGUGCGUCCGGAGCAACACGAUGUCGCGAGCGCGAUGACUCUUCUCACGGCUGUGGGACAGCCGUUGCUGCGGCGAGCAAUUCGGCGGGGAAUGAUUGCGCCGAGAAUUGCGUCGUCCGCGGAGCGCUCAUUAGCUUUCCGCUUUCCCCAUCGGCGGAAAACGCGCGAUUCGCUCGAACGCGAUUGUUUGACUAGUUGGAGGGACGAAGGAGAGGGGAGGGGACGACGAGGGGAAGCUCGCGAUGUGUGACGGCAUCGACGUUUGCGAGUUAAUUCGUCUUCGUCGAUGUGAUGCGCGCGACAUGUGCGUCACCUCGUCAAUUUGCAGGCUUUCCCGAGGUUAUUGGAUCAGUUGAAACGCCAUGGAGCUCAUCGACACGACCGGCGGUAUGAUAUUCCUCGAAAAUCACCGAAAUCGAAUUUUAUUUGACGCGCGCGUGUCGAACGGAGUAGAUCGGCGGGGUCGCGCGUGGGAAUUAAGGGAUUAUAUUGCCUUCUUCCGCGAAAGAAUUUGUAGUCGCAUGUGCGAUAACGUGCGUCGAAGUCGUGUAUAACAUGCUGCAAUAACGGUGACUCACGUUAAUGGUAAAAUAGUGGUCGCGUAUCGGAAAACGAAAGGGUUGAAACUGACGAAAGAGAAUGCAUUCUACGAAUACAUUCUGCAUUCUCACUCCUGCAUCCUUGGUUAGAGGAACCGCACGAGAAAUCUUGCUCCUGUGGGAUACGUGAGCUUCCGACGAUACAUCUGCAAUCGUUCGCUGCCAAUUAGGGGGUGAUAAUAUCAAUGCGUAAUGGGAAGAAAGGUUUUGGUAAUAACAUUUCCGAACUUUCGGAAAAUAUUUCGGCUAAAAAUUCAAAAACGAUUGUGUAUGUUAACACACAGGAAGCCGAGGAGCAAUCGCAAAUAAACACCGUCGCGCAAUGACAUUCGGAUAAAAAUUUACACCCUGUCUCUGUGUAAAUAAUUGGAUAACAGUUAAAUUUUUAAUGUGUUUCGCGUAAAGCCGAUAGCGACAUAUCUUGCAAAUCACAGUUCAACGUAUUACUUCCAGUACUCCCUUCGUGGCUGAAUAGGAAAGAAAGAAAAGAGAAGAGAAUUCCGUGUGUGAAAGGCUCGCGGUGCAGCGAGUAGCGAUUAGGGAACGUAGUUUCGUAGAAAGGAACGAUGAUAGAUCUCUCUAUUGAAGCUUUACUUGCAACAGCCACACUUACUUACCAUCACACAGCAUAUGCACAUACACACACGGACAUACAGACAUACACAAACACACGUGCACACGUCCAUAGACCGAUAGAUCGCGGUAGUAGAAGAAACUCUUUAGGGGGAGGCCAGUAGAAAAGCAUUAGCGUAGGCGUGCCUAGCGUGCAACAAUGUAGUGUGUGCUUGUGGUUGUGGAUUUCAGCAGGCGUACAGUCAGUACAUCCCGGCUACAAGAGCCCAAGUGUCCGGGGCCCAGGGUGGGCAGACGGGGGUCGCCAUGGACGGCACUUACCUCGUCGAGGCCUCCUUCUGAACAGGCCCCUCGCGCACUGCACAUUGACUCUAAAAACGAACCGGACCGAGAUUGCCAAGAGAGAGAAAGGCACAAAAGAAACAGAGUGAAACCGACUGAAACUGAAUCGCGUUGUGUCGCGCGAGAAAUCAUUAGAAUCAUUAGAAAUCGCGGACGCGCCGGCGGAGGGAAGGAUGAAUAAGUAAAUAGACAAACACGAACGGACACACGCGCUAGAGAGAUCCGAAGCUUUGCGAACACACGAGGGCCAAGACACGCUCGUCUGUCGACGUAAAGCGGAUGUAAUCUAGAGUAACCGAAGUGAAGGUAAAACACAUAUGUGUGCUUAUAUAUAAGUACGUGUGCACGUGUCCUUCGGAGAGAACGGGAGAGAGAGAGAGAGAGAGAGAAAGAGAGAGAGAAAAAACAGUGGCCAAUAUGUGCGAGUAAGAGAGAGAGAGAGAGUGAGAGAGUGAGAGUACGAGAGUAAAGAGUAUAUAUAUUUAUAUAUAUAGUGAAAAAAAAUAUAUAUAUAUAUAAUUUGUACAUAUGUAUCGACUGGCCGACCGUUUGCGCCCUAAGAAAACCACCAAAAAAAAAAAAAAACCCACAAACAACACAAGCAAAGACACACACAGUUGCGCGAAAUCCACAAAGUCAAUCAAUCAAAUUCUUCUAUUUCAUCAUUUCCGUGCUACCUCCGACCCCCGACGACGACGUCAACGACGACCAUGACGCUGCCGAUUGGACCCAUCAUCGCCACUACCAUCACCACCACCACCACCGCCGCCGACGACGACCCGACGAUACUUCGGCGCCGCCACCAUCGCCGUCGCCGUCGCCGUGUCGCCGUCAUCGUCAUCCCUACCUCCCUUCUUCGUCAUCGCCUUCGUCGGAAUGCGAUGGACAACAACGGCGACGAUGUUGACAACUCGAACGACGAGUGCGAAAACAAAACGAAAAAAAAAAAAACAAAAACAAAAAAAACAUCAACCAAUACGAAAACCACACGUAUGCACUUGCGGCGACGAAUAACACAACCGUCGCUUUAACACCGGCCCUGAUCGAUUGAUCGAUCGCGAACGCUCGAUCUCGCAAAUCACGUAGAGCCUGUCCUAUCAACUAACUUCGAACGAGAGCAAGGACAGAGUGGUGCUCAUAUACGGCGACCGUAUACAGGUGCGGAAAAAGGUAAAGAAACUGUGUUGUGCUCGACAGACUGAAAUUGUGAAAACGAUGGUGAUGAUGAUAA